AUGACCGAGACACCUUUUCAAAUAUUAAUUCCAGACCAGGACCUCGUGCGGCUGCGCGCCAAGCUCGAGCUCACCACUCUUCUCAAUGAGGUCGAAGGCGCGGGAUGUGACUACGGUGCGCCCAUAUCUGACAUACGCCGCCUCGUUGACAAGUGGAAGAACGGAUACGAUUGGCGCAAGCAUGAGGCCGCACUCAACGCCGAGUUGCCCCAGUACACACGCGACAUUUCCCGGGUCGACGGAUUUGGCUCACUCAACAUUCACUAUGUACACAAGAAGAGCGAUUGCUCGGGUGCAAUCCCGCUGCUCUUUCCUGGUUCCUUCAUCGAACACCCUAGCUUCCGCGUUGCAACCUUUAAUGUCCCUGGUUUUGGUUUCUCUGAGCCUGUCCUAAAGCCAGGAUUUCGCAAACCUCAGUAUGCCGAGCUGGGGAACAAAUUAAUGGUCUCCUUGGGAUAUAACGAAUAUGUCACUCAAGGUGGAAACUGGGGUCAAAUAACCCGCCAAAUUGGGGAAAUGUACGGUCCCAAGCACGCCAAGGCAUGGCACACAAACUUUCCUAUGUUCAAAUCGGAACUCGAACGCAUACACUGGUUUACUGAGAAAGGCUCUGGCUAUUCCGCUGAGCAGCGCAUGCCCUCAAACUUUGGGAUAUUCUCUCACGGACAGUCCAGUCGGCCUUCGUGGAUUUAUGGGAAACUGCACGUCUGGACAGACUCUUGCCCUUGGACUGAUGAUGAAGGUGUCUCCAUAGACUACUUCUCUCGCAGUGGAUCUGUAGCGUCACUUUGCAUCUACUAUGAAGUAGCGGAUGUAGGAAUGGCCCCCGCAUUUUGUAAAAGAUUCUGCACCAUUCCGAAGGGUGCAUCAUACAUUCCGAAGGAGUUGGCACCAGUUCUUCCAUCCUGGGUGCGUCGUGAGAACAAUGUCGUUUUCGAGAGCAUGCGUGAAAGCGGUGGGCAUUUUGCCGCGCACGAGAAACCCGCGGAGCUGGUCGGAGACCUUCGCAGGAUGUUUGGAAAAACAGGCCUGCAUUCGGUGUCGUUCCAGGAAGGACGGGUGAAUGAGCGGACCAACAAUCAAUGUAUAAAUGAGCUAGAAAAUAUCCCUGAGAUGGGCACGUCGAGCCGUUAUUUACGUCAGGUAUAA